GUUGGCCAUCGCCUUAGCAGUUUAUGCUUCUUCGCGGGUACUACUCCUGACUCCUGUUAUAUAUAUGUGACAGACUGACAGGGUUGUGUGGUCAUAUGGAGUUUGGAAGGAAAUCUUGGGUGGCUGCAGUCCUCUGAUCCUUCUCAUUCUGGAGGCGUAUUCAGUACAAACCAAUAUUCUGGUUGGUGAUUGUCAGCAUGGAGAUGGCAAGUAGCGCCAAGUGGUUUGCUGUGGCUCUUGUUUUCAUCACUGUGAUCCUACUCAGGGUCAUAAGAGGAAGGAGGAUGGCCGCUGCUCCAGCCAGUGAGAAACCACCUCCACCUGUGGUGAAUGGUUUUGCUUUACUAGGACUUCUACCUAGGCUUCUUACAAUGGACCUUCGAACUAAGAUAAAUUGCCUGCACGAUAAGUAUGGCAGUGUGUUCACAGUUAGUCCUUUUGGACUAACUAAUGUAACCUUUCUGAUCGGCCCGGAGGUCCAAUCCCAUUUCUUUCAAGGGUUGGAGUCAGAGAUUAACCAUGGCAAUCUUCUUGAGUUCCUUGUGCCGAUGUUUGGACAAGAGAUAGGUCAAGGUGUCGAUGCAGCCACUCGGACUGAGCAGUCCCGCUUUUAUCUCGAUGCAUUAAAGCAAUCCAAGUUGAGGAGACAUCUUGAUCCAAUGCUUCAAGAGGUCGAGAGCUACUUUGGCAAAUGGGGCCUGGAAGGAGAAGUUGAUUUAAAACAUGAGUUUGAAGAGUUGCUCAUGUUGAUAUCGAGCCGAUGUCUACUAGGAAAAGAGGUUCGGGAGAAGAUGUUUGAUGAGUUCUAUAAACUAUUUCGUGAUGUCGAAAAUGGAGUGAACAUGAUCAGUGUCUUCUUCCCAUAUAUUCCAAUUCCUGCAAACCGUAGGCGUGACAAAGCACGUCUUAAGCUCAUCGAAUUACUUUCUGGAACUGUGAGGUCACGUAAGAGCUCCCCCUCAGUGGAGGAAGAUGUGCUACAAAGAUUGAUAGAUUCCAAGUAUAAAGACGGCCGCUCCACAACGGAAACAGAGGUAACCGGGAUGAUCAUUGCAUUGAUCUUUGGUGGAAAGCACACAAGUUCCCUCGCUAGUACCUGGACCGGAGCUUGCCUACUCACCCAUCCAAAGUUCUUAGCGGCUGCAUCCCAGGAGCAAAAGGAAAUCAUGAUGAAAUACGAGGACAAAAUAGAAUAUGAUGCCUUGUUAGAGAUGAAUACCCUUCAUAAUUGUAUCAAAGAGGCACUUCGGUUGAACCCACCAACAACAAUGUUGGUUCGCAAGGCACUUAAACAUUUCACAGUGCGGACAAGACAAGGCCAAGAGUAUGGCAUUCCCAAGGGGCAUACUCUUGCAAGUCCCAUAAUACAAAACAAUUACUUGCCUUACAUUUAUAAGGACCCCGAGGUAUAUGAUCCAGAUCGGUUUGGUCCCGUAAGGCAGGAGGACGUGGUUGGCGGCAAGUUUUCUUAUACAUCCUUUGGUGGUGGAAGGCAUUUUUGCAGUGGGGAUGCCUAUGCUUACAUGCAAGUUAAAGUUAUAUGGAGCCACUUGCUCAACAACUUUGAUCUCAAAUUAUUAUCUCCUUAUCCCAAGACUGACUGGAGUAAGUUAAUCCCAGAGCCUCAAGGGAAUAUGAUGGUUAGCUACAAGAGACGCCAGCUGCUAGGCUAGCUUGCUAUAUAUAUCAUUUGCAUGAGGAGCACCGGCUUGCAUGCUUGUGUUUGUAUGGGUGCAUCACUUAUUACUUGUAUUUGUGUAUGUUUUUAUGAUUGUAAUAAUUUUCAGUAACCCUUGGAUGAGCUAUAUAUGGUCUUCUCA